UCACGCGCUGCAUAUAAAGCGCCUGAGUGUGCGCUCGUGCCUCAGUUCCAGACUGUAACAGAGCUGCACAUCUGGCCAGAUUUCUCCUGACUUUCCCGAGCAGAAGCUCGCGCGUAUCAACAAACCGCUGCACCUGCCCAGCUGUGGUGUUACGAUGUAGCCGCUGUAUGAUACACUAACAGCUGUCCUUUUUACUGCACGCGGAACCAUGGAGUCUUUCCCCAGCGUCAGUGAGGGAAGCCCGGUUUUAAACCUGUCGCGUCUGCAGCUGGCCGACUUGAACCUGGAGCACAUCACGGAGCCUCAGCGCAAACAGAUCCAGCAGCUUCACCUUACACACAACAGCCUCACGUUUUUCCCCACGACACUAUGCAUGUUUUCCAGCCUGGAAUACCUGGACAUGAGCAACAACGCGCUCAGUGUUUUCCCCGAGGACAUUCUGCAACUCACUAAACUAAAGACGCUGGUCGCCAAAAACAACCAGCUGGACGAAGCGUCGUUUCCGAAGCAGUUCGGUUCGAUGCCCAUCGAGACGCUGAACUUAAGCGGGAACCGAUUUAGAGAAAUACCGAAGCAGCUCCUGGAACUGAGCCGACUGCAGUCCCUGUCCAUGGGAGGAAACAGAUUAAAAAGCAUCCCAGCAGAAAUAGGCAACCUCACCAGCCUGGAGAUGUUGUAUCUGGGAGGGAAUCUGAUCUCUUUCAUUCCUCCUGAGUUGGCUAACCUGCGCUGCCUCAGGUACCUGGUGCUAUGUGACAACUGUAUCCAGAGCAUUCCACCUGAGCUACACAGACUGCACUCCUUGCUGUCUCUCAGUCUCCAUAAUAACCUCCUGACAUUUCUACCACGUGAGAUCCUCAGCCUCGUGCACCUACAGGAGCUCAGUCUCCGCGGUAACCCUCUGGUAGUGCGCUUCAUCAAGGACAUGACCAAUGAGCCCCCGUCCUUGCUUGAGUUGGCGGGACGGACCAUUAAAUCCCGGAACCUUCCGUACCUCGUGAGCGACCUCCCAGCCAACCUGUGCCGCUACCUGGACUCGGCCAGCAAGUGUCCCAACCCCAAAUGUGCAGGUGUAUACUUUGACUCACGAGUGCGCCACAUCAAGUUUGUCGACUUCUGUGGAAAGUUCCGCCUACCCCUCAUGCAAUACCUCUGCUCCCCUGAAUGUAGCUCUCCCUGCAGCUCCAACCCACAGAGUGAUGCCGAAUCAGAGGAUGAGAGUAGUGUGCCGGCAGACAGACUGCAGAAGGUGCUGCUGGGAUAGCACAGUCCUCUUCUACAAUUCUUAAAAUAUAUUUUUUGUAAGGGGAAAAAAAAUAGUCGUGGAUGAAUGAUCAACACUGUGAGCAUGUCCAUGGUCGCCCAUUAUUGGGCUAAAGCCCAUUAAAUGAUGUGCUCUACUAUUGGUCAGUUCAAGUCUGCUUGAUUUGAUCCCUAAAAUAUGUGUAUUUCUUCUUGGUCUGUAUUACAUUUGAUGGCUUGUUUAUGACCAAAAGUCAUCUUGUCUACGUCUUUAAUUUCAACAUCCCAUUAAUGGUGGCAAAGACAUCUUUUCACAUCUUAUAAAUGUUUUUGUGCUCACUGGGUUACACUGUUGGUGCUCUUGGAAAUCCAAACAGCAUUUGUCAAAUACAAGUGCAUGUCACUCUCUCCUGGAAGGACACGGGUCAACUUUCUGAGGCAGUAACUCCAGAUAAGGGACAUCGGCAAACUGCACUGGAUAAACACAAGUCAUUGAUAAACUAUAUGGCCAAAAGUUUGCUGACACCUGACCAUCACACCCAUAUGUUCCCAUUCCAAAACCACAGGCUUUUACACAGAGUUGGUCCCCUUUUGCUGUUAUAACAGCACUAGAUAUUGGAACAUGGCUAUGGGGAUUUGUGCUCAUUUAGUCACAACAGAAUUAGUCAGGUCAGGCACUAAUGUUAAGCAAGGAGGCCUGGUGUGCAGUUGGUGUUCCAGUUCAUCCCAAAGGUGUUCAGUGGGGUUGAGGUCAGGGCUCUGUGCAGGACACUCGAGUUCUUCCACACCAACCUUGGAACACCAUGUCUUCAUGGAGCUCGCUUUGUGCACAGGGGCAUUGUCAUGCUGGAACAGGUUUGGGCCUCUUAGCUCCAGUGAAGAGAAAUUGUAAUGCUACAGCAUACAAAGACAUUCUAGACAAUUGUGUACUUUCAACUUUGUGGCAACAGUUUGGGGAAAAAAACCACAUAUGGGUGUGAUGGUCAGGUGUCCGCAAACUUUUGGCUUUAUAGUGUAAUUUAUCUGUAAUUGAAGCAUUAUUAGCUUAGCAUAUAUACAGUAUAUAAGUAGAUCAAUGAAAUGUAAAUGUCCAGUUGUUGUUUAUGAAGGUAUAAGGGUGAGAAAGACUUCAGUGAAAGAAAGAUAUGUUAAAUGUUUUAGAGUGUAAGGAUUUGAUGACUGAGGUCUAGAUUAGGUUAAAGUUCUUUUUUUCAUUACUAGUACUGUAGUAACUUUUCCCACCUUGUGGGCUUUUUGUUUAUCCUGAAUGCUUAAUUCUUGAACCUGAUUGGUCAAAAGGUGUUGAUUAAGUUUCUGUAACAGCAGCUCUGACAAUAGUGUUGGCUGCUACGUUUAUAUUAAUGUGCUCCUUCUAAAAUAGUAUUUUUGUUUCUGUAGUAAUAAUUGCAUGGAUGUGGCCCAUAAAUGGAUAAAAAAAAAAAAACAAGUAAUCAUUGAUAUGGUGAAGUUUUCUAUGAGAUGAUGUUGAUUUAGCAUAUUGGGAAGGAGUCUCCAGUGUCAGUAGGUUUUCUGACAUGGGAAAGUCCAGAAGAUGGAGGAUUUUGCAGUUUCUUGGUAGAAUGACAAGCUGAACAUUUGUCUUAUUAAUUUCAACAAAGAGAAAAAGAGAGGCUGGUGAGGGAAUGACUGUUUGUAGCUGCUAUAACGUAAGUCAUAACUUUUUUCAUAGAUGUUCCACAACAUGAAAUGUAACUAUAAGUGGAUAAAAAUACAAUGUGUUAUCCUUUAGUGAAUAAAUAAUUGUAAUAUUUGGAAAAUUUGGAAACUUUGGGAAGUGCUGUUGUCGGAAAAUAGUCAACUCUGCUGUGCUAAUUGUAACUGCUUUGCAGUGAACCACAUCACACCACCUAUUUGUUGAUUUUUUUUCCCCCUAUAACAGCAGACGCUGUCAAGUUUUGUUCCUACUUUAAUGCAUUACAAAGUAUUUUCCUGGUUUUCGUAGAUGCAAUAAUAGCCAGUGCUUCUCCAGAGAAACGGAGAGACAGCGACUGUGGGAUGGAGUGACUUCAUGGUUGAACAGUGUAACAGAUGUGCAGUUUCACAUAAUAGUUAUCAGGAGUAAAUCCCAUUUUGUACAUGAACAAUGUAGUGAACUCUUAUGUGUAUAUAUGCAUUGUGUAAGAUGAAGACUGCUGUUUGAAGAAUAUAACUGAUACACUAA